GCUUCCUCGCGAGGCAGUCUGUUUCAGCCUGUCACUUCUCCCGGAGGAGCUCAUUCAGUAAACAGCCGGCCUGGAGGAUCUGCCGGAGUCAGUGAUUGGCUGUUCGAGGGGGAGGGAGUGACGCUUAGAGAGAGAGAUGGGGGGAGGAGGAGUAGAUGUCCACAAGAAGAACAGGAACAGAGCUCCCUAGUUUCCCCCAGCCCACACCUUCCGUACACUUUCUCUCAAUUCAACUUUCUGUCUCUCUCUCUCUCUCCAAAAAAAUUGUGAGACUGAGCAGAGAGCUGCACCAUCCCAGUGUGGGGUGUCAUGACGUAGUGUCAGUAUGAGAUAUGAUGGAGAAGCUUUGGACCAGCCUGUCGGAGGUGUCUUGGAGCUCUGUGUCGGUACCGUUAGAUGCUGUGGUCAGUAAGGUCCGUCUGCCCUGUCUGGUCCGCCUGGCGCCUGGGGAGAGCGUCGAGGGUCUGUGUGAGGACGAUAUGGUGUUGCUCCACUCGUGUCGUCAGUGGACAACAAUCACCGCUCUCUCUCUGGAAGAAGGACACUACGUCAUCGGACCCAAGAUAGACAUUCCUCUGCAGUACCAGG